AUGAGCGGGGCUGCGGGCCGCUGCGUGGGGCCCAGCCGGCCGGGGCGCGGGCGCGGGCGGCCCUGGGGGAAGAGGGGCGCCGUGGGGGCGCCGCGCGGCCGGGGAGCGGGGCGCCGUGCGACGACCUCGGCCUGGGACGCGCGCUGCGUGAGCGCAGAGAGGCUUCAGGACUGUCGGCGGCCCCGGGGGAGGAGAGCGGAGGCCGACGCGGCCGGGGCGGCGGGGGCGAACGGGCCGGAGGCCUUGGGGCCCCGUGGCGCCGCCGCAGGCUCGGCGGAGGCCGCGGAGGACCCGGGGACCGUGUGGGUGGACGGCGCGGUGGGGGAGCCUCAGGUGGUGGGGCCUGUCGGUUCGGUGUGGGUGACGGGCGCCGGCGGGGAGGAGGACGGGGCGCCUUACCGGAGCCCCCGGGGCUGUGAGCGGAAAGGCCGCCCGGGAUCGAUGGGGCACGAGAGCAUCUUGGAGCUGUGGCUGAAGGUGCAGGCCAUGCGGGCGGCGGCGGGGUACGGGGAGGGGAGCAGAGUGGAGCUCCACCCGGUGCCCGCGGGAGAGGGCCCGGUUGACAGGGGCGUCCCCGGCCGGGCCUCCUGGGUGGAGACGAGCCGGGGUGGUCUCACAGGACCCUGGGUGAAGGGACAAGCUCGGGCAGUGCCCCGGGUCUCGGGAGUGUCAACAGCCGUGGGUCUGGGGGCCGGUUGUGAGAGGGUCCCAGGCCUGUGCGGGCGGGGACAGGCGGCCGGCCUGCUGCCUGAGGGUGUGCCUGGGAUGGUCCCCUACCUGCUGGGGAGAGGACAGGCCGCGGGGUGGCGCGAGGCUGUGGAGCUCCCCAGAGCCGUGGAGAGGGAGCGGGGCUGGGGCGGUGCCCCCCGUCUGUGGGGCAGAGGGCAGUCCCUGCAGGUGCCCGGGGCUCCCCGCCCAGAGGCCAUCUGUGGGGACACCCCGGACUCAUGGGGCGGGGGGCAGGCUGCGAGGGUGCCCGAUGCUGUGGGGGCGCCCAGCAGUGUGGAGGAGGAAGCCUGUGCGGGUCCCCUGGGCGCUUGGCGGAGCGAACAGGCGGUGGAGGGGAUGGGGUCUGGGGGUGCUCCUGGCACAUGGGGCACUGGACAGCCCAUGGGGGUGCCUUGUGGUGUUGAAGAGGAAGCUCGAUGUGGGGGUGACCCAGGAUUCAGGGAAAGGGGACAGGCUGUGUGGGUAGAGACGGGCUCUGGAGGGGCCCUGGGCUCCUGGGCAGUGGCACACGCCGCGGAGGCGUGGGGUCGUGCGGGGCAGGCGGUGGGCCCUGGAGGUGCUCCAGGCCUGUGGGGUGUAGAGCCGGGCAUGGGGGUGCCCACGGCCCCGGGGAGGGAGACAGGCUGUGGGAGUGUCCCCGGUGUGUGGGGGACCCAGCAGCCUGUGGGGGCGGCGGGGGCAGUACCAGGGGCUCUGGGGGGACAGGCGAGCUACGGGGCCACCCCAGGCCUGUGGGACGGGCAGCGGGCCCUGGGGGCGCCAGAGGCCAUUGUGGGGGACACAGGCUGUGGGGGUGUCGUGAGCCUGUGGGACAGGAGGCAGACUCUGGGGGAGCGGGCGGUUCUGCUGCCCACAGCGUUAGGGGCACCCGGGCCCGUGGGUCAGGAGGGCGGCCAUGGGGACACGUCUUGUCUGUGCAGAAGGAGACAGGCCGCUGGGCUGCCUGAGGCCGUGGUGCUGCCCAGGCACAGGUGCAGCGUGGCGGGGGUCGCGAGGGCGCCUACGGGCCUGCCUGCCGCCGCGUGGGUGUCUGGCCCUGUGUGUCACGACGGCAGCUCUAGAGGCGGCCUGAGCCUGUGCGAAGGCGUCCAUACUGCCGCGGUGCCCGUGGCUCCCGAGGGGCCUUGGUCGGUGGGGGACGCUGUGGCUUCUGCAGCUUUCCCGGGCCCGUGGGAGAGGGCGCAGGCCGUCGGGGGUCCGGAAGCGCCCGGACACGCAGGGCAGGAGACAGGCUCUGGGGGUGUGCCGAGACCUUGGGGAAGGAGACAGACCGCAGGGACGUCUGCAGCAGCUGUGGUGCCCGUGGCCCCCAGGACGUCUCAGCCUCUGCGGGACGAGUCCAGCCCUGGGGGUGUCGCAGGCCUGUGGGGGGAGAGGGAGACGGUGCAGGCACCUGUAGACACCAGGGGUCCCGCGCGGGUGGGGCUGUCUCCCCCCGGGAUGCCUGGGCCCACGGGGGAGAGGCUGGGCCUGGGGGGCCCCUCCGGUUCCCUGGGAGGGGGACAGGCUGCUGAGAUGCCUGUGGCUGGGGGGCUGCCCACGGCGGCGGGGGCCCCCGGGCUGAUGAUGGCCGACACCAGCCGUGGGGACGUCUCCGGUGGUUGGGAACAGAGACCCAGGACAGAGGUGCCCACUGCUGCUGGGGCUGCAGGACCCGUGGGCGGCCUGUGGAGGAGGGGAGCCAGCAGGCCAGUCCCUGAGGCCGCGAGGGUGCCCCUGCCUUUGGGGGUGCUCGCGGCUGUGGGGGUGCCCACAGAGGGGCGCGUGCCUGCUGCCGUGUGGGUGACCGGGUGUGUGGGGGAGGAGGCCGCUGUGGCUGCCCCUGGCCUUCCGGCGUCCAGGACACCAUCUAUGGAGGGAGCUGGGGCUUCGGUGGGGGAGGAAGGGGGUGGCCGGCAGGCCGUGGGGGUGCUUCUUGCCCGUGGGUGCGGGACCCGGUCCUGGAGCUGCCCGAGGCCCCCAGCGGAAGAGAGCCGCUGUGAGAACGUGCCUGCAGCCCCAGGGCCGAGAGGCACGGUGGGGGCGCCCCCGAUUUCAGGGCAGGAGACGGGCAUCGGCCAUUUCAGAGUGUCGGCCGCGUACAGCCUGCAGGGCCCCGGCUCCGUGGGCUCCUCCGUCCUGCGGCGGCCGCCCCGGACUGUGGUGACGAAGGCCAGCGGGACCGCCUCGCCCCUGCCCUCCAGUCUCCGUGUCGCUCUCGUCUCUGCAGCCGUGGGGACAGGGUCUUGA